AUGCCACCGAAGAAGGGGAAGAAGCCCGCGCCCGCCAAGAAGGCCGUCUCUGGCGACGACGACUGGGACAUCCUCAACGAGUUCGCGACGCCUGCUCCUGCGCCCGUGGAAGCGGCGCCGGCGCCGGCCGAGCCCACGACCGAGGCCGAGCCUGCCGCCGUCGACGACGCGGUGGCGGCCCACUUGGCCAGCUUGGGUAUCUCGGCCAGCGCGGCUGCGGACAAGAAGAAGAAGAAGAAGGGCAAGAAGAAGGGCGACGAUGCCAAGGACGAGGCACCCGCGGCUGCGGCUGCACCUGCCCCGGCUGGCCCGAAGAAGCCCCUCUCGGCUGCUGCCAAGGCGCUCUUGGAACGCCAAGCGGCCCUCAAGGCCGAGCAGGAGCGCCUCCAGGCGAUCCAGGAAGAAGAGGAGCGCCUUGAGCGGGAAGCCGAGGCCGCGCGCCUCGAAGUGAUCCGCAAGAAGGAAGAGGCGGCCGAGCGCAAGCGUCUCGCCAAGAAGGCCAAGGUCGAAGCUGCCAAGGCCGAGGGUACCUACAUGACGAAGGCGCAGAAGCUCAAGGCGCAGCGCGCGCAGGCGGCUUUGGAAGCCAUGAAGGCGCAGGGUCUUGUCUCGAUUGCUGCCGACGAAGAGAAGAAGCCUGUUGUGUACACCAACACGAAGAAGAACAAGAAGCAGCCCAAGAAGGAAGAAGACGUCGUCGAAGAGGUCAAGCCCGCGACCGAGGACGUGCCGGAUGCCUGGGACGCCAGCGACAACGAGGACAAGGCCGAGGCCGACGCCCCGGACGCGUGGGACGAUGAUGAGUGGGACGACUCGGCGCUCAUUGCGACGAUCCAGCAAAAGGUCGAGGAGACGACGACGACGGCUGCCGAGGACGAGGUCGAAGAUCUCAUCGAGCUCGAGAAAGAAAAGAGAAGGAGCCGCCAGGCCGAGCAGGAAGCCGAGGCGGCUCUCGCGGCCGAGGCGGAGACCGUCCGCUCCAAGGCCAAGCAAGAGGAAGACCGCAAGAAGCGCGAGGCUGCCGAACGCCGCCGCGUUCGCGAGGAGGAAGCCCGUGCGGCCAUCUCGGAGGAUAACCUUCGGUCGCCGAUUUGCUGUAUCAUGGGCCACGUCGAUACGGGCAAGACCAAGCUCCUCGACAACAUCCGCAAGACCAAGGUGCAGGACGCCGAGGCUGGCGGUAUCACGCAGCAGAUUGGUGCGACCUUCUUCCCUGUCGAGGCCAUCAAGCAAAAGACGGCUGCGCUUCAGAAGGUGACCAACCUCCAGUACAAGCUGCCGGGUCUCCUCGUCAUUGACACGCCGGGCCACGAGAGUUUUACCAACCUUCGCUCGCGCGGCUCGUCGCUCUGCGACAUUGCCAUCCUCGUCGUCGAUAUCAUGCACGGCCUCGAACCCCAGACGCUCGAAUCGCUGCGCCUCUUGCGUGCCAAGCGCGCGCCGUUUGUUGUCGCCCUUAACAAGAUUGAUCGCUGCUACUCGUGGAAGACGUGCCCGGACAUGCCGAUCCGCGACGCGCUCGCGCUCCAGAACGAACACGUGGUGCGCGAGUUUGAAGACCGCGCCAAGAAGAUCAUGGUCGAGUUUGCCGAGCAGGGCCUCAACGCUGAGGUCUACUGGCGCAACAAGGAUCUCGGGCGCACCGUGUCGCUCAUCCCGACGUCGGCGAUUUCCGGCGAAGGCGUCCCGGAUCUGCUCAUGAUGCUCACCAAGCUCACGCAGGAGCGCAUGGCCAAGUCGCUUGCGUUUGUCGACAUUCUCCAGUGUACCGUGCUCGAAGUCAAGGUCAUCGAAGGCCUCGGCACGACCAUUGAUACGAUUCUCGUCAACGGCUCGCUGAGCGAAGGCCAGACGAUUGUCGUCUGUACGCUGGAAGGCCCGGUGGUCUCGACGAUUCGAUCGCUACUGACGCCGCACCCGAUGAAGGAGAUCCGCGUCAAGGGCGAGUACAUCCACCACCAGACCAUCAAGGCCGCGAUGGGUGUCAAGAUUUGCGCCCAAGGCCUCGAGAAGGCGGUGGCCGGCACGCAGAUCCACGUCGUGGGCCCUGACGACGACGUCGAGGAGCUCAAGGACUCGGUUAUGUCGGACCUCUCCAACAUUAUGGACUCUGUCAACGCGACCAAGCGCGGUGUCAUGGUGCAGGCGUCGACGCUCGGUGCGCUCGAAGCACUCCUCGAGUUUCUUCGGUCGUGCGACCCGCCGAUCCCGGUGGCGUGCGUCAACAUUGGUCCGGUCCACAAGAAGGACGUAGUCCGCGCCAGUGUCCAGCUCGAGCACAACAAAGAGUACGCGACGAUCCUCGCAUUCGACAUCAAGAUUCAAAACGACGCCAACGAACUCGCCAACGAGCUCGGCGUGCGCAUCUUCACGGCCGACAUCAUCUACCAUCUCUUUGACCAGUUUACGGCGUACAUGGACAACAUCAAGGCGCUCCGCCGCGAGCAGUUUGCCGACGUCGCGGUCUUCCCCGUCGUCCUCCGCAUCAUCCCGACGUGCGUCUUCAACAAGAAGGACCCGAUCAUCCUCGGCGUCGACAUUGAAGACGGUAUCCUCAAGGUGGGCACGCCGCUUGUGGCGAUCGUGGGCGGCGCGCUCGUCUCUGUCGGCCGCGUCGGCUCGAUCGAGAAGGACAACAAGCCGACCGAGACGGCCAAGAAGGGCGCGAGCGUCGCGGUGCGUAUUGAAAGCGACUCGAACGUGACGUACGGCCGCCACUUUGACCACACGGCCAAGCUCUACUCGCAUCUGAGCCGCGCGUCCAUCGAUGCGCUCAAGGAGAACUUCAAGGAGGACCUCGCCAAGGACGACUGGCGGCUCGUCAUUCGUCUCAAGGGCGUCUUUGGCAUUAUCUAA